CGGCCUCCGGCCCGCCUGGUGAAUUGGUUCAGUAGGCUGCAGCUGCUUGGGUCCUAGCUGGGACACGUCCGGAUCCUAGAGCAGGUGGGCGCCAAGGGCUUAGCCCACCCGAAGCCGCGGGGCCGUCGCUGUCUGCUGUCUCUCGUCGUGCCACUGGGGCUUAAGUGGUUCCCGGACCGAAAAGAUUUGAAACAAACCUAUGUCCAUGAAGAACGACUGCAUGCAAACCACAAUAUGUCAAGAAAUAAAAAAAGAUCCAAUAGAAAUGUUUCAUUCUGGGCAGCUGGUAAAAGUCUCUGCCCCAAUGGUUCGAUAUUCAAAGUUGGCUUUUAGAACACUAGUAAGAAAAUACAGUUGUGAUCUGUGCUAUACACCAAUGAUAGUUGCCGCUGAUUUUGUCAGAUCUAUAAAAGCCAGAGACAGUGAAUUUACCACAAACCAAGGUGAUUGCCCAUUGAUUGUUCAGUUUGCUGCUAAUGAUGCGAGGCUUUUAUCUGAUGCUGCCCGUAUAGUCUGUCCUUAUGCAAAUGGAAUAGACAUUAACUGUGGUUGCCCUCAGAGGUGGGCAAUGGCAGACGGUUAUGGAGCUUGUUUAAUAAACAAUCCAGAGCUUGUUCAAGAUAUGGUGAAACAAGUAAGAAAUCAAGUGGAAAAUCCCAGAUUUUCAGUAUCUAUUAAAAUAAGGAUCCAUGAUGAUCUUACAAGAACUGUAGAUCUUUGUCGAAAGGCUGAAGCAACAGGUGUUUCCUGGAUUACAGUCCAUGGGAGAACUGUUGAAGAAAGACAUCACCCAGUACACUAUGAAGCCAUUAAAAUAAUUAAGGAAAAUAUGUCUAUACCCGUUAUUGCUAAUGGAGACAUCAGAAGCUUAAAAGAAGCAGAAAAUGUAUGGCAUAUUACUGGGACAGAUGGUGUGAUGGUUGCAAGAGGACUCUUAGCAAACCCAGCCAUGUUUGCUGGAUAUGAGGAAACUCCUCUGAAAUGCAUCUGGGACUGGGUUGACCUUGCUCUUGAACUUGGAACUCCUUAUAUGUGUUUCCAUCAGCAUUUAAUGUACAUGAUGGAAAAGAUAACUUCAAGACAAGAAAAAAGAGUAUUUAAUGCUUUGUCAAGCACAACAGCAGUCUUAGAUUACCUUACAGACCAUUAUGGGAUUUGACUGGGCUUCGUAAAUUAUUUUAAUAUAUACU